AUGUAUUAUAAAAUCCCUGCACAUGCAGAAAUCGAUACUUAUUUAUCUACAAAUCCAAUUUCCGAAUGGCACCUUCUCAAUGUAUAUAUGAAUUCCAAGUUAGAGUCCAACCCACUUAUGACAGCACCAGAUUUAUUUAGGUCCUUUUGUAGAUCACUGACUUUCAUCGAAAAAAACGAGAAUGACAGUUACCCCAAAUAUGUUAUGGAAUAUGCAAAAAAGCUAAGAAUGACUAUGAAGUCAAAAGCAUUGGAUGAUAUAACAAAUAAGAUUAUUCAAAAAUGUAAAAGAGGUGGUAAUGAUAAUGAUGAAAAUGAGUUUGACAAUGAUAGGACUAGGACUUCUGAUAAUGGCGAGAUUGAACCAAUGAUCCAAGAAAAUUGUGAAGAAAUAGAUACUUCUGCAAGGGGACAUAAUAAUGACUUCACAGUUUCCUCAUUUGGUGUAGUAGUGAGCUCUAAACAAAUAUUUACAUGA